AUGGUUGUACUUUCAUUCAAUAUUGACUCAUCAAUUCACUAUGAAGUAGUAAAACGUUCAACCGAACCGACGUCGGUGAACGGAAUGCGACGUGAUUGCGUUCGUUUGCGUGGCUUACCUUAUGAGGCACGGGUCGAACAUGUUGUAGAAUUCCUUGGCGAACAUGCACGAUUCAUUCAAUUCCAAGGCGUACACAUGGUGUUCAACAGCCAAGGUCAUCCGUCAGGGGAGGCGUUCAUUCAGAUGAACAGCGAACAAGCUGCGGCUGGUGCAGCAGCAGCUGCUCAUAACAAGUUCAUGGUUAUCGGCAAAAAACAACGGUAUAUUGAGGUCUUCCAAUGCUCACCCGAUGACAUGCACCUGGUGAUGACACCAAAAGCACCAGCACCUGUACCACCACCACCACCACCGCUUAUGUUGCCACAAAGACCGACGGCAUUCGUACCGAGUAUUCCUGGACUUGUGCCAAUGUCAGCGCCAAUGUUUUGGCCAUAUCCUUCACCACCUGUUUCUCCUAAUAUGAUCAUACCAGGGCAGGUCAAUCAGCUUGUCGUGUACGGUAUUGGACCGAAUGUAGGCCUAGCGGAUAUCAUUGCACACUUCCAAACUCCGGAUGUUGUUGUGGAAAACGUGAUGUUCACUCGUAUCGCACAGGGUAACAUACCCGGUGAAGCUGUGGUGACAAUCAGGUCACGGACACCAUCAGAUCCGACAGUGGUCACAAUUGACCCGCAAUUCCUUCAAAAGGUAUCCAUAGACGCACAGUUCGUUCCCGGUGCCGUGCCAAUGACGAUGCCACAAGCUCUUCCACAUCAACCGAUUUAUACACUUAUUCAAUCUUGA